AUGUCUGCGCUCCGGAGUCAGAAACAACCCAAGGCGCAGCAGCCGGUUUACGCGCAGAGGAAGAAGAAAGAUUAUUCCAGAGAAGCUCACAGUGGCUCUCAGGAGGGGAAAGAGGGGAAAGCACCGGGGAAAGGACCAGGGAAAGGACCAGGGAAAGAGGGGAAAGAGUCCUCCGGUUGCCCCGCAGAGAGGAAGCUGUCCGACGCCUCCAACACCUCGGAGGAUCUGAGCAAAGACUCCGGCUGUGCGUCCGGGAAACUCUCCUCCUCCUCGGACAGCAGCUCUGAGAUCUCGGAUUCUUCCCCCUCGGAGGGAAACAGUAAAGAGUCUCCGAGCAGAGAUUUAAGCUGGAUCGACAGAGGAGCUUAUCUGUGGAGGAGUGAUGGGAACCCGUGCGUAAAGGGAGACUCCCAGCCGCUCAGCAUGCUCCAGUCUCCGGGGGGUUUUAUGGAUCUCAUGAUGGGGGAGACCACCGAGGAUCUGGUGCGCGAGGUGGAGGAUUUGAGAUCAGAGAACGAGUAUUUGAAGGAUGAGGUGGAGGAGCUGCGCUGUGAGAUGCUGGAGAUGCGCGACCUGUUCCAGGAGGAGGAGGUUUACCAGCUGCAGAGCCUGAAGCUGCAGCUGGACCAAACUAGCAAGACCUGCCGCGUCCUGCAGUACCGGCUCCGCAAGGCCGAGCGCCGCAGCCUCCGAGUGGCCCAGAGCGGGGGGGCGGACGGGGAGCUGGUGCGCAGCCUGGAGCACGACAACAAGGUUGCAAAGAGCGUGUCUCUGCGGCUGUACAGCGAGCUGGAGGCGCUGCAGAAGAAGGAGGCGGCGCUGCAGUGGGAGAACGAGGCGCUGAGGGAGAAAACUCAAGAGCUGGAGGUCGCUAAACAAGUGCUGCAAGCCGAGGUGGACAAAACCAGAGAGAGCACUCUGAAGAGGAAGAGCCUCCGAUCUUCAUCCAGCCGAGCAGAGAAGAGGCUCUCUCAGCAGAUCGAGGACGACAGCGCUGAUCUCCGCUGCCAGCUACACUUUGCCAAAGAGGAAUUAUCUCUGAUGUGCAAGAAGCUCUCCAAGCUGGUGUCGGAGAGCGAGAUCCUUCGGGAGGAGCUCUGCAGAUAUCAAUCACCAGAGGGCCGACAAACCUCCGCUCACAGCAGGGAGGCCGAGGUCAAAGUUCACCUGAGGCUGGUGGAGGAGGAGGCCACGCUGCUGAGCCGACGCAUCGUGGAGCUGGAGGUGGAGAACCGAGGACUGAGGGCGGAGAUGAGCGACAUGAGGGAGAAAACAGGAAGAGGGGGCGAGGAAGAGGAGGAAAUGGCGUGGAAGGAAAGAGAGGAAAGUUUGAAGCAGGUAGAGGAAGGUAGAAGCGAUGAGGAGAAUAUUCAGAUUACACGAGAGGGUCCUGUGGGAGGGGAGUGGGACCCGGCAGACGCUCAGGAAAACGAGAAAAACCCCGACAGACGAGGGGUGAUAGUGAAGGAAUAUGAAACUCUUCUCGCUCUCAGGGAUCAUUCCUCCAUGUUGGGCUCGGCCAUCCUGCUCAUGACGCCAAAGAACAGCCACCGAUCGCCUACCUUUAUUUCUCAGACGGAGGAUUUCGACAUGAAGAGUUUUUACGAUGCGUUGGAGCUUCUGCAGGCCAUGCUGUCGGCUUUCAUCGGACACGUGGAGACGCUUCUGUCAGCAGAAGAUUUGGGGAAAAAGGAUGCUUGGGAUUCCCAGACGUUAUCCUUUCUCUGUGGAGAUUUUGACAUCCAAGAGUCUCAAAGUAAGCAGGAGUUCGUAGAAGAUCUCCGCACCUCGGAGGUUAAGGAGAGGGAAAAACAAACGAGACAAUCGACUUGUUUCCAGUUGGAUCUGAUGCAAAGCUGCAGGGACCCGAAGAUGCGACUGUCCCUUCAGAUUCUGAGGAUCCUCCAUCAGUGGUGCCAAGUCAAAGGACUGGAGGAGGGGAACGAGGGUGCAGACAGAACCAGGUUUGUGCUGCAGGGUCUUCUUCAGGACCUCGCUGCAGAGCUUCAGGACGAGCUGAUUGAUCUGGACGGCGAGGCGAAAGCGACACACAGCAGGGCAGCCGAGGGUGGCAUCUCUCACCAUGAAGCUAUCAGAACCUGCAUCUCUAAAAGACUCAGGCGUCCGUUUUCUCCACGCGGCUGCAAGAAGAAGAAGAACUGGUGUUAUCUGAGUGCGGAUGCCGAGCAGCUGGACCGUGAAAACCCCGUGAAGACUUGGGAUCACCUCAUCAUGCCGCGUAGCUUCCCAGACUUUGACCUCGAGAAGAUAUCUGCGGGGAGAAGCCACACCGCCCCGGAAAAGUCGACUCAACGCAUCUACUUCAGCCCGCCGUCGGCACGAAGGGUCCAUCAGUCUCAGCUAAAGCACAACCCCGAGUCCGUGACCUCCAUCUCGCCCUGGUGCUCGAACCUCAGCGACGACAUGAAGGAGAUGACGGCAGGUUGGAGGUCGGAUAGGAAGGUUCAGUAUCAGGAUGUCGAUGUUGCUUGUUCCGGCACUCAGACGACCAAGAAGCCGAAGAUGGUGAGCGUCGCUCUGCAAACGGAGGGUGUGGUUAGCGUUAGGAGUCCGACUCGAGGCCUGAGCUCCUCUCUGGUCUCCAACAGAUCGAACCACAUCUCCACCUCGUUGGAUGGAGUCCCGGGAAGAAUCAGAUCCACCGUAUCGUCCUCUUCACCAAAACUCUACCGGAGACACUCUACAUCCGGAGUGUCUUCUUCCGCCAACUCCUCGUGUACUUCGUCCAGAGAUCGAGGCCUGUGGAGCCCGAACUCGCAAAGCAACACCAGCCUCACGUGGACCAGACAAAAACCCGCAUCAGGAAAUAACCCCGGGGCCAAGCCUCCCACUAAACCUGCAGCUGGUAACAGGUACGGCAUGGUGACAGAGUUCCUGCGCAGGGUGAGUGGCCGGGUGGAGAAACCGGUGCCAGGGUUAGCACAGAAGACGAAGACCGGGUUGAAAAACCUGGAGAGGAUCCCAACGAGGCCUCCAGCCGCCGCCUCGCUGCACAGGAACGACAGCGUGACCCGGAUCGUCAACCAGAGGUUCAUGACGCAGCGAGAAGAGAAAAGUGGUGGGAUAAACCACGGCGUCCGACAGAGUCCGAGUACCGGGACAUCAGAGGAGGGAAACUACGACUGCAGCUCCGGCGGCUCGUUGACCUUCUGCUUCGCUCGUCCGUCCCGCUCGUCUCAGAAACAAACGUUGACUCAGAACAAACUGCAGAGACAGAGAUUCUCCCCGCCAUCGAGCGUCGCUGCAGACUGAAUGAGAAACACGGAAACUUCUGGAAAACUGAGAGCGGGAAGGAAAUUUAAAUAUAAAUAUAAUAUCCAAAUGUAAACCUGCUUUUCUCAGGAUGGUGGAACUGUGUGGGAUGUUUUAGGAAUUAUAUCUCAGUAUUUAUGUUUUGGUGCAAUUUAUACUUUUAUCUCUUUACAAAUGGACAAAUCUUCAAUGGCAAUGCAUAACACAGUGUUUCAACUUUUUCUAAAACUGCUUUUGCACUUAUAUUGUAAACUGCAAAUGUACUUUAUAUUAUCCUUGUA